AUGUUUCCUACACAAGUUCCACCAGCAUGGACUGAACGAGAUUCUUGUUUUCGUUGUCAUACAUCAUUUUCAGCGUUUACUCGUAAACAUCAUUGUCGAGCAUGUGGAGAAACAUUUUGUGCGACUUGUUCAUCUAAAUCAAGUCAAUUACUCGAAUUUGGUAUUGAAGAUGAAGUUCGAGUUUGUGAAUCAUGUUAUGAUCGUUUAACAGCAACUGGUAGUGUACAUCCACCAGCACUAUUAUCAACAAGUAAACCUAAAGGAAAAAGCCAAGCUGAACUUGAUGAAGAAGAUGCUCUGCAAUUAGCAAUAUCGUUAUCUCAAAGUGAAGCUGAAGACAAAGAACGUCAAAAGAAAUUUUUAACUCAGCAAUAUGCUAUGUCAAAUAUUCAAUGUCCGCCAACACCACUAGGUUCAGCACCAAUAGCUGAUCAGGAUGAUAACGAACAAAAAACUGUCGGUGGUGAAUUAGCCAAAUAUUUAGAUCGAAAUUAUUGGGAAGGACAAGUACAAAAUGAUCUUGGAACAACAACAAUUGCCGCAGAUCCAUUAGAUAAUUAUGUGCGUGACGAUGAAAUUGAUGCAUUUAUCAGUUCUGCUAAUGAACAUAUAAAUAAUAUUAAAUUUCGUAUGUUAAGUAAUCAACAACGUGGCCGAAAUAUCGCUAAUGAUACAGCUGUACAAUCUGUUUUUUUUACUCUUCAACAUAUGUAUCCUGAAUUACAUCGCUAUAUAAAAUUACUUGAUGAUAAACAAGCUUAUUAUGAAAGUUUACAAGAUAAAUUAAGUCAAUUAAAAGAUGCACGAGAAGCCUUAAAUGCAUUACGUGAUGAACAUAUUGAAAAUAAAAAACGUCAAGCAUUUGAACGUGAAAGACAACGUCAAAUACAAUUAGCUGCUAAACUCGAUGAUAUGCGUCAAAAGAAACAAGCUUAUUUGGAAUAUCAAAGACAAAUACAUUUACAACGUCUUGCUGAACAGGAAGCUGAAAUGCAAGCACGUCUUGAUCAACAACGACGUUAUACUCAACAACGUGAACAACAAAAUCAAAUUCCGUAUGUUCAAUCGUUGCCAUCUGUCGGUUAUUAUCAUUAUCAACAUCCAACGCCUCCUUCCCAAUUAACGUCAAAUUCAUUCUCCAUGGGACCAUUGUCAGAUGCUCUACAUCAACCUGUUGCACCUCCAUUAUCUCAAAUUCCACAACCCUAUUCUGUACAUCCAUCUAUGCAAUCAAAUGAACAAACAUUAAUUUCAUUUGAUUAA